AUCCUCCCCGCCCCCCUAAGUCCACCGGCAGCCACUCGUCUCUAUGGGAGUUUAGCUAGCUGAGCUAUCUAGCUGAAUUAGUCGUUAUUAUAGAAACGACAAACUGUGCCGUUGCCACAGCUCUGUGAUACAUAGUUUCCAGCUGCGGUUCAAUAAUGUCCAUAUUGCCGUUCACUCCUCCCAUCGUGAAGAGGCUCCUCGGCUGGAAGAAGGGAGAGCAGAACGGGCAGGAGGAGAAAUGGUGCGAAAAGGCUGUCAAAAGUCUGGUGAAGAAGUUGAAGAAGACGGGACAGUUGGACGAGUUGGAGAAAGCCAUCACAACGCAGAAUGUCAACACCAAAUGCAUAACCAUACCCAGGU